CUUCUUCUUUUUUUUCCCCCUAAGUGGGUUGGCUGUAUUCAAAACUGCUGCCAGAUCAAAACCUUGUUAGCAGGCUCAUUGAAGAUAUGGGCCGUUCUUGAUAAUUUGGGCAGUAGCUAAGAUGGCCCAAUUGAUUCCUCCAAAACCGAAAUUGUCGGGCCCAAGACAUCAAUCAAACAGCACCCCCAAAAUCUGCAGGACAAACGUAGCCGAAAAGUGAGAGCUCUCUCUCUCUCAGAAAUUUCUUGCGUGGUUCUUCAGCAGUGAAUUCAUAGAAUUCCAAAACUGUGAUUUGGGUCAAUUCUGCCAAGUGAAGAGUAGAAUGCGAUAUGCAGCGACUGAGAAGUCGAGGAACCUCUCUUUUGGGUUCAUUAGCAGUGCCGCGGUUGAAGAGUAGAGCGAUCAAAUCCGCCGCUGCCAUUCAAGAUACUUUCUUCUUAACCAAGGAUAUAUUUGAGAGGCAUAGAGUGGUUUUUACUGUUGGAACUUCAAUAGCAUCAGUUGCUACAGCAUGGGGUGGGUAUUCCUUACGUCAUCUUCAUGAUACAAAAGUUGAUCAAAGGCUUGAAUCAAUUGAAAAAGUUUUGAAAAGCAAUGAACACGUGGACCAUGCAGAAUUCAAAAAGCUUGUUGAUUCUGGAAGCUCGCGUACUGCUGCUUGUAUUGCUACUGCUGGAACCACAUUGAUUAUCGGGUAUGCCUUGGGAUGGCGAGGUGGAAGUUGGUAUGCGAACAGGAAGUUCAGACAUGAGCAGAUGAAAUUGCUGGGGCAAAUAAAACCUAAAAGAUGGCAAUUAUUAGGAAAGGUAACAACAAAGGAUGGUUAUAUUCUUAGCAUGCAACAUAUUCCGGCUGGACGGUCCGGUAAGAAAGCUGACAAGCCACCAGUUCUACUACAGCAUGGCCUUUUGAUGGAUGCAUGUACAUGGGUGUUAAAUUCUCCUCAAGAAUCCUUGGCAUUCAUAUUAGCAGAUAAUGGGUUUGAUGUCUGGCUUGGCAAUACUCGAGGCACGAAAUAUAGCCGUGGACACACAUCGCUUACUCCUAACAAUCCGGCUUACUGGUAUUGGUCAUGGGACCAAUUAGCUGCUUAUGAUCUUCCAGCUUCAGUCCAGUUUGUGUAUAAUCAGACAGGGCAGAAACUUCACUAUGUUGGACAUUCCUUGGUCAAUCAAACUUUGAACAUGUUAAGAUCGGCUGCUUUGCUUAGCCCAAUCGCUCACCUAGGACAGAUGUCUUCAUUGCUUGCAAGAGCUGCUGCUGAAGCAUUUAUAGGAGAAGCCUUGUACUGGUUGGGAAUUCGCGAAUUUGCUCCAGAUGGUGCGGCUGUAGCCAAACUAAUGCAAGAUAUAUGCAUGACACCAGGGGUGAAUUGCAGUGAUUUGAUGUCAUCUUUCACAGGUCCAAAUUGCUGUGUGAACUCUUCUAUGACAAACAAUUUUCUUAAACAUGAACCUCAAUCGACCGCAACGAAGAACAUGAUCCACCUUGCACAAAUGAUUAGAAAGGGAACCGUGGCGAUGUACGAUUAUGGUAACGAUGAUCAGAACAUGGAACACUACGGGCAGCCUAAUCCUCCACUGUACAACAUGACAAGCAUACCAAAUGACUUUCCUCUCUACUUCGGCUAUGGAGGGAAGGACAUGCUCGCUGAUGUGAAGGAUGUGCAUGUAUUGUUAGACAGUCUCAAGAACCAUGAGAGUGACAAGAUGGUGGUACAAUUCCGGGCCGAUUACGCCCACGCAGAUUUUGUUUUUGGUGUGAAUGCUAAUCAAGUUGUGUACAAUCCUUUAAUGGCAUUCUUUAAGCUAAAUUGAGCUUGCUAAGUACUCGACUUGUAACA